CGCUCCCGGGACGUGGAUCCGCGUGCACCCGAAUCGCCGAGACCACCCCCAGCACCGGAAGUGACCCUGGCGGGUUUUCCUUCAAAUUCUGCGUGAGCUGAAGAAUCGCUGGGGGCUGGAGGCGGUUGGACGCGGUAGUCCUGGGGCCAUAACCACAGAGUGGGCUGCAUAGGGCCCUCCGCCUGGCGGUGGGCGGUUUCCCGAGGAGCGUCGGCUGCCACAGCUUACAGUCGAGCAUGAGUCUUCUAAUGAUAAGUGAGAAUGUAAAAUUGGCUCGUGAAUAUGCGCUGCUGGGAAACUAUGACUCUGCGAUGGUGUAUUAUCAGGGAGUUCUUGACCAAAUGAACAAGUACCUGUAUUCAGUCAAAGAUACCUAUCUCCAGCAGAAAUGGCAACAGGUUUGGCAGGAAAUAAAUGUGGAAGCUAAACAUGUCAAGGAUAUCAUGAAAACACUCGAGAGCUUUAAACUAGACAGCACCCCACUGAAAGCGGCACAGCAUGAAUUUCCGGCCUCCGAGGGCGAAGUCUGGUCCUUGCCUGUCCCUGUUGAACGAAGACCCUCUCCAGGAUCUAGAAAACGCCAGACUCCUCAGUACAGUGACCCCAAACCACAUGGUAACCGUCCAGGUACAACUGUCCGAGUUCACCGUCCCUCUGCACACAAUCUUCACAAUGAUAGAGGGAAGGCUCUUCGUUGUCGGGAGAAGAAAGAACAGAAUAAAGGAAGAGAGGAAAAGAACAAAUCACCUGCUGCAGUUACAGAACCAGAGACAAAUAAAUUUGAUAGCACUGGAUAUGAUAAGGACUUAGUAGAAGCUUUGGAGAGAGAUAUAAUUUCUCAGAACCCCAAUGUUCGAUGGGAUGAUAUUGCUGAUUUAGUAGAAGCUAAAAAGUUGCUUAAGGAAGCUGUGGUAUUACCAAUGUGGAUGCCAGAAUUCUUUAAGGGCAUUAGGAGACCAUGGAAGGGAGUGUUGAUGGUUGGCCCUCCUGGCACGGGAAAGACCCUCCUUGCCAAAGCAGUAGCUACAGAGUGCAAGACAACAUUUUUCAAUGUCUCUUCAUCAACUCUGACUUCCAAAUACAGAGGAGAGUCUGAGAAGCUUGUUCGUCUCCUGUUCGAAAUGGCUCGAUUUUAUUCUCCAGCUACCAUAUUUAUUGAUGAGAUAGAUUCCAUUUGUAGUCGCAGAGGGACGUCGGAAGAGCACGAAGCAAGCAGAAGGGUGAAAGCUGAGCUGCUGGUUCAGAUGGAUGGUGUUGGAGGUGCUUCUGAAAAUGAUGACCCUUCCAAAAUGGUUAUGGUUCUGGCAGCUACUAAUUUCCCCUGGGAUAUUGAUGAGGCUUUAAGACGUCGCCUUGAAAAAAGAAUCUAUAUUCCCUUACCUUCAGCAAAAGGCAGAGAGGAGCUAUUACGAAUAAGUCUACGUGAGCUGGAAUUGGCUGAUGAUGUUAACCUUGCAAGUAUAGCAGAAAACAUGGAAGGUUAUUCAGGUGCGGACAUUACCAAUGUGUGCAGGGAUGCAUCCUUGAUGGCAAUGAGAAGGCGUAUUGAAGGUUUGACCCCAGAAGAAAUUAGGAAUCUUUCAAGAGAAGAAAUGCACAUGCCUACAACUAUGGAAGACUUUGAAAUGGCUUUAAAAAAGGUUUCUAAGUCAGUAUCUGCUGCAGACAUUGAAAGAUAUGAGAAAUGGAUAUUUGAGUUUGGAUCAUGCUAAAUUCUCACAUAUAAUCUGAGAAACCUGCCUUGUUUGAAUAAUAAUUAAAUGUAGUAUUUCAUUGUACCGAGUGCUAUAUUUUUUUAAACUUUCAUAAUGGUAAGAAAAAAAACCCAUGAUUUUGAAUAAAGGCAGUUUUUUAAAGCUGCAA